CCGCUGCCUUUUCAGUUCCCUCCUUAAGAGUUGGGUUUCCACUUUCAGCUGAAGUCGGCGCCCUAAACCCAGGCGCCCCACAGAUAAGGCCAAGGGCUAGUAGAGACGACCUCCAGCGUGGGAACCUUCCCUGCCUGUCAACAGAAUGCCCACCGCCCAGAAGACACUGAUGUUCCUGUCGGGCUUCGUGACCAGCCUGGGCUCCUUCGUCACAACGUGCGUCGUUCUGGCCAUCCCCCAGUGGGUCACGGGCAUGAUUGAGUUCAGCGACGGCCGAUUCUCCAACGGGAGCAUCAUCAUCACUUAUGGACUGUUCCGCGGCGAGAGUUCCCAAGAGCUGGAAUCAGGCCUGGGACAGUCGGACCUCACCUUUGAAGUGUUCAAUAUUCUGUCUGACGUCUCUCCAAGAAGUCUCCACUCGGUGGUCACCGUCCUCCCGUUCCUCAGCCUGGUCACCUCGCUGCUGAGUUCCGGGCUGACGCUCUUCAACACUGUCAGCAACCCCUACCAGAACUGGCUCGGCCCCACCAGCAUUUUCGUUUGGAAUGGCCUCAAUAUGACCCUCAUGGCGCUGGCCAUGAUCCUGUUUUCGGUGAACACGCAGGCCAAUGGACUCUCGAUCGCGCUGAGCUCCGCCCUUUACUCGGGGCAGGGAUACACGUUCGGCCGGGCGGCCCACCAGUACAAGACCUCCUUCUGGCUGCUGCUCCUGGUCCUCUUCUUCAACGUCGCCACCGUCGUCGUCAUCGUUUUCUACCAGAACGCCCGCUACCACCGGAAGCAGAAGCACCGGAAGCCCAUGGAGAACGCGCCCAGGGAUGGGAUUCUGUUCUAAAGGCGGCUGGGAACUCGCCCCCAAAGCCCAGGCGCAGCCCCCGCUAGUUCCGGGGCGGACCCGGGGCCCAGGCCCGCCGGAGGGAGUGUGUCCAUUCUGAGCUGAAUCCCCGCUGUAUCCUCCAAUAGAAUGGAAGCGCCUCGAGGGGAGGUGCGGCCUUGAGUUUGUUGUCUCUGUGUCUCUGGAGCCAGCGGAGCCCAGCCUUUGCCCCGCCGGCCGCACUGAAUUCUUGUUGCUUGGCAUCGUUUUUCCAGUUUCACCCAGCCGCGGCCCGGAGCUUGGGUCCCCACUGGCGGCCGAGGGAAGCUUUCUUAAGGUCCAGAGUUCCCUCCGUAAGGCGUGGCUCAUCGCGGGCCUCCACGGCUUGCAUUUCUGGAACUCUGAGCCUCUCUCGAGGAUCAAAGCAGACCCCCGUGGGAAGGGCCCACGCGUUUGAAGCUUUGAAUGUAACGCGUGGCUCAGUUCACGGGACCUGGAGACUAGAGUGUCCACCAAGAAAACAUGGGGGGAGGGGGACAGAGAGAAGAAGGUGUAGAUGACAGCGGCUAGGGCGCAUGGGCGGUGAGAAGGACAGCACGUGGGCAGAUAUGUAGGCAGGCAGGUAGAAAUGAGCUGGAUACCCUUUCUGGGCGUCAUUCGCCAAACCUGUGACUAUGCUUGGGAGCACUUUGGUUGACCAAUUCUAAAUCUAUUUCAGGGAAAUGACAGCCAGCAAGUUCAGUUCUAAUGGCAUCAUUAAAACAAAUAAAUAUAUGUGUUGUCUCCUGGGGCCGACAUCCUGGGCAAUCAGA